AUGGAUCAGAAGCUUCUCGAGAGAGCACUUGAAGAAUGCGAUGAUGAUUUGGAUUCAGCUAUCAGAAGUUUGAACGAGUUUCGUUUAGGAUCUACUGAUAAUAACUUGGGCUUUACUACAACCAAGUGUGAUGUAACAUUGGAAGCCAAUGUUCAAUCACUAGGUGAAGUGACAACUAAUGGACAUGUUGUCGCUGAUGAGAAGCUAUCAACUCCGCAGAACCCUACCAUGGAUGCCACUGACUGGGUGGAGUUAUUUGUUAGAGAUAUGAUGAGUGCCUCCAAUGUAGAUGAUGCUAGAGCUCGUACUUCAAGAGUGUUUGAGAUUCUAGAGAGAUCCAUUCAUGCACGUGCAAGUGCAAAGGUAAACAACUAUACAUUGACUAUGCACCUGAAGCAGGCUCAGGAAAGCAACUCCAUCCCGGAUCGUUUCCAUCCCGAUGCGUUUUAG